AUGGCUAACAGGUGUCAUGUUAGAUCAAUUAGCUUGCCUACCAGAUCACAUCCUACCAUUCUCAAAAUCCAAAAAGAGCUUAACAAGCUCAGAUCAUGGGAGACAUCAUCUAGGUCAAUGUCUGAGACAAUCUGCACUGGCCUAUCUGGACUGGAAGAGUUGCAGAAAUCCUUGGAUGAGCUUCUUAGUUUGCCAUCCUCCCAACAAGCCCUCUCCCAUCAUCUAAAUGAGAAAUGGGUCGAUGAGUUGUUGGAUGGAUCUGUGAGGCUUUUAGACAUUUGUGGAUCAACAAGGGAUGCAAUAUCGCAAUUAAAGCAAAAUGCUCGAGAUCUCCAAUCUGCUCUCAGGAGGAGAAAGGGAGAUGUGUGCAUAGAAAGCAGCAUCGGCAAUUAUAUUUGUUCAAGAAAGAAGAUGAACAAGGAUGCCAAGAAGUUGCUAGCAGCAAUGAAGAAGAUGGAUAAAGAGACUCGGGCCUCUCCACUCCUAGAUCAACAUCACCAGCUCUCGGCAGUAAUUGAAGUUCUCGGAGAAGUAAAUGUAAUAAGCAUUUCCAUCUUCCAGGCACUUUUGUUGUUUUUGUCCGCACCAGUUUCAAAGCCAAAACCAACGAGGUGGUCACUGGUUUCCAAAUUUAUGCAUAAGGGAAUAGUAAAGCAUGAGAAUAUCAAGGAGUUGGAGAGUGUGGAUUUUAUACUAAGUGCCAUUUCAGGUGGAAGAGCAGACUUGGAGAAGAUGCAAAUUGCUCAUAAGGAACUGGAGACUUUGGAGGCCAGCAUUGAAGGCCUUGAAAAUGGUUUGGAGUGCAUGUUUAGGCGCUUGAUCAAAACAAGAGCCUCUCUCCUAAACAUAGUCUCUCACUAG